AUGGAGUGCGGCAUUUGUUCUCACAAUUAUGAUGCUCGGUAUCAUAUUCCAACGCUGCUGGAUUGUGGUCACACUUUUUGCAAUAAGUGUAUUGAAGACGUUAUUAUAGGAGAUCUAAAGGUUGAAGACCUCCUGUUCCAGUCACAAGAAAAACUCUGCCCAGUUGACCACCGGCCUUUUUCUACGAGGUUUACUCCAAAUUAUGAGCUUCUAACGUCUCUUUCCCUUUGUCCGAUAUCAUCAGAUGCCCAUGCUCCAGAUUUUCAUCAAAAGCAUCGUACAGUUUUUCAGCGGCAAGCUUCUAAUAGAGCACCUUUCGCUGAACUAUACCCAAGUAUAGAUAGAAGACAAAUAGCAGAAAUUUUUAAUUUUUCUGUCCAAAAAGUGAUAGAAAAUGAGCUUAAAUGCACCAAUGGGCACAAUUUAAAUAGAAGUGAAAACUUUUUGGCUGAAUACCAAAGCAAUGAAUUUAACUUCAAAUGCAGACAAUGUAAGAGAGACAAAACAUUAGGGUGGUUUUGUAAACCAUGCAUUUAUAUGCUAUUUAAAGUGUUUAUUAUAAUAUUAUUUAUAUAUUAUUUAUAUUAGCAAAAAAACUUAUAGUUAUCUUAAAUUUUAUAUAAUAUGUGACGAAUGCAAAGAAUGGAUUACGGAGACAGAUACAAUCGAAAACCCUGGAGUUGUUUGCAUAAGGAGACAUAAAGUUAGAAUGACCCCUAACGCACAAGUUUAUAAUUUAAAAAUCGGCAGAGGAAGUGGGAAUUUUAAUUGUGAUACUUGUUUGGAAAGAAGAAUCGGUUGAAGUGCGCAGUGCCGAGAAUGCAACUUUGAUAUGUGUGAAAGCUGCACUGAAAAUUUAAAGAAAAUUGUGCCUUUAGUUGGCAAUUUACAGUGCCUAAGAAAUCAUCCACUUGUAUGGAUUCCUGAUUUUAGCACGAUAAGAAAUAAAGACUAUGGGUGUGACGUUUGCAAAAGAAGGUUUAAAAAAUCUGGAAGCUUUAAUUGUGGGCUGUGCAAGUUUGAUGUAUGCAUAACAUGUGCAGAUAGAAGGCUUAGUGAAGUUCGGGGUACGCUAAAUCCAAGAUAA